GGGAUCGAUCCUCAGUCGACGCGUGGCAACCGCGUCUGUUCCAUGUAUUUUAUCGUGAUAAUUUAUCGAAAUUUCGUAUUGAAGAUAACAGCUGAUAAGCUACAGUAAUCAUAUACACAUGAGGUUAGUUUCGUGUAAAUAGUUUGCUAAGCCGGUGGCUGGUAGCGGGUUUUCGCAAGUGUCAUCGCGCGACAUGAGUGCAUCACGAUGAUGAGAAGAAAUGUUGUGAGCCUGAUAAAGUUCUUCCUCCUGGCGGUUUUUACGGUUUUCCUGACCGUCGUUGUAUUCCGUUAUGUACGAACCUCACCUAACCAUGAAAUCGUGACACCAGUUGCCGCAUUGGUAGCCAUCAAUGGCGACAGUUCAAAAAAUUUGAUCGAUUCCAGACAGAAUUUCAACGACCAUCUUUAUCAGGAUUUGGACGAAAAAAUAGAUUGGCAUGAUUAUAAGAAAAUUGAAGAAGAAGCAAAAAGAAUUGGAAUAGGUGAACAUGGACGGCCUGCAUUUCUUUCACCAUCUCUAGAUGCAUUGAAGGAAAAGUUAUACCAGGUAAAUGGUUUCAAUGCUGCACUCAGUGAUGAAAUCUCAAUGAAUCGCUCAGUACCUGAUAUUAGACAUUCAGGCUGUAAGAAGAAGAAAUACUUAAGAAAUCUUGAUGCAGUUUCUGUAAUAGUCUCCUUCCAUAAUGAGCACUUUAGCACUUUAAUGCGAACUUGUUGGAGUGUUAUUAAUCGUUCACCACCAUCUCUUCUUAAGGAAAUAAUAUUGGUUGACGAUGCAAGCAGCAAAGUAGAAUUGAAGAAAUCUUUAGACGAUUAUGUUGCUGAACAUUUGCCAAAAGUAAAAAUUGUAAGACUACCACAGCGUUCUGGUUUAAUUAAGGGUCGAUUAGCUGGAGCAAAAAUUGCAAAAGCAAAAAUACUUGUAUUCUUAGAUUCUCACAGUGAAGCAAAUGUCAACUGGUUGCCACCGCUAUUAGAACCAAUUGCACAAGAUUAUAAAACUUGUGUGUGUCCUUUCAUUGAUGUGAUAGCUUAUGAAACAUUUGAAUAUAGAGCUCAGGAUGAAGGUGCCAGAGGAGCUUUUGAUUGGGAAUUAUAUUAUAAACGAUUGCCAUUGUUACCUGAAGAUUUGCAAAACCCUACAGAGCCAUUUAAAAGUCCAGUAAUGGCAGGUGGUUUAUUUGCCAUCAGUGCUAAAUUCUUUUGGGAAUUAGGUGGAUAUGAUCCAGAACUAGAUAUAUGGGGAGGUGAACAGUAUGAACUGUCUUUUAAAAUUUGGCAAUGUGGAGGUCAAAUGUAUGAUGCACCUUGUUCAAGAGUAGGUCAUAUUUACCGUAAAUUUCCACCUUUUGCCAAUCCAGGUAAAGGAGACUUUUUGGGAAAGAACUAUAAGAGAGUAGCAGAAGUGUGGAUGGAUGAAUAUGCAGAAUAUAUCUAUAAAAGACGUUCACAUUUGAGAUCAUUAGAUCCUGGAAACUUAAAAGCACAAAAGGAUCUAAGAGCUAAAUUACAUUGUAAGCCAUUCAAAUGGUUCAUGGAAAACAUAGCUUUUGAUCUUGUCGACGUGUAUCCUCCUAUUGAACCUGAUGACUUUGCAUCUGGAGAAAUUCGUAAUAUGGGAGUGCCAGAAUUGUGCCUAGACUCAAAGAAACGGAAAAAGGACGAACUUGUUGUAGUUGAUAUUUGCAUAAAGGAUAAUUCAAAAAUUGUAGGAGAACAAGAAUUUAAAUUAACUUGGCACAAAGACAUUAGACCCAAGGAUCGUACAGAAUGUUUGGACGUCUCUAGAGGCGGUUUAAAGCCUCCAGUUAGUUUGUAUCCUUGUCAUGGAGGCCAGGGAAAUCAACUGUGGCGUUACAACGUUGAAAAACAAUGGCUAAUGCACGGUUAUUCAUCAAGAUGUCUGGACACGGAUCCAGCAAGUAAGAAAGUCUUUGUAACCAAUUGUGAUUCGUCUUCUCCUACGCAAAAAUGGAGAAUUGAGAAAGUAAAUAUGAAAGCUAUCAACAACUGGGAUAAUGUGGGACCCAAACGACCUUAAUUCCUCUGCCUUUUA